AUGGCGGUUCCGGCGGGCUUCAUCUUCGGGGCAGCCGCGGCGGCGGUGAUCGCCGUGGGCGCGUACAUGUUCUUCUGGCCGGCGUCGGCGGCCGUGGCCAUGAUGAAAGCACCUGGAUCCGGCGGCCUGCUGAUAUCCCGCCUGGCGUUCGAGGCCAACCCGCAGCGCUACUACUACCUCCUCCGCACCGCCGGCGCCGCGGUGGCCGCCGCCGCUUUCGCUCCGUGA